AUGCUCUCCUUCCACCACCACCACCUCCCGGCACACAUCCACCUCGCCCUCUUCCACCCGGUCUCUCAUGCCGCCCAAAUCCGCGCCCGCAUCGUCCGCGCCAGCCAGCUCGAGGGCCCCGAAGGCGACGCGGAGCGCGAGGCCGUCAACUUUGCCUUCAUCGACGCCCGUCUGAUCACCAGCACUCUGCACCUGCAGACGGCGAUCCACCAAGCUAUCCUCGCCGAAGCCCAGGGCGCCCUGCGGACGAAGACAGUACACUCCGAGAUCCUCUGGGCACUCAGUCCCAACAACAAUAUCACUGAAGCCAUUAGGCGUUUCGGUGUGUCGGACAACACCACGGCGCUCAUCGUCGUCCGUGUAGGCUCGUCCGGGAUACCGGACAUUGAGCACCGUAUGAAGGCGAUCGCCACGGGCGACAUCCGUCCUCUGUCAGACCUCUCGAAGCUCACAGACUGGGCGACGGUCAAGAAGUACUACAAGCUCAAUGCGGACCCUGCGAUGAAAGCACCGGGCCUAUCCCCGGAGCAGCAGAAACUCGUCGCCGACGAGAUCGUCGUGAGCACGGUCGCAAUGAAGAGCGUAGCUGCAUGA